AAAUAAAAUGGAGGAAUUAGGAAUACAUCUCUAUUUCCCGCUCUUCAACACUGACACCGAAUACUCUCCGUUGCUAAUGCUAUGGCUUCUUCUCCGACUACAAAUCAUGCCGCCGAUGAAAACGACGGUGAUAUCAGCGAAAUGGAUAGCGGAUCCAAGUCCUACUUCCAGAAAGCUGUUUGCCUUACGGAUUGGUGGCUAGUGAAAGCGGAGAACGAUUCCCGUGGGAAGAGACUCGCUGUUGGUGGUUUCACUUUACGGCAUAAUGUGAGGCAAGAGUUCUCUUCUGCACCGAUUGAGAAGGUGUAUGAUGUCUUCACGCUUGAGACAAUGGAUGGCAUAUGCAUUCUCCUCAAGGGCUUUUUAAACAAGACUCGUACAAGAGAGAAUGGAUUUCCAUCCAAGGUGUUUGACAAUUUUAUUUUGGGCUUUCCCCCUAAUUGGGAGAGCUUUGCCGUUAAAGAUUCAUGGGAAGAAUCUCCACCUAAAGUUUCAGAGAUUGCCAUUGGUCCGCAGAAGUCAUCCUCAUGCUCACAAAGUGUUUCAGAAUUUAGAAAAACGACAAGGAAGAAUAAAAAUGAUGCCAGUAGUGCAGAAACACAUGGACCAGAAUGUAAAAAGAACUUGAAAACAAAAGUUGGUUCAAAGAAGGGCAACCGAAGUGAAGAAACUGAAAAUAAGGCAUGUCGGCAAAAGAGCACGAAUAAAGCAGUCAGCAUUUCCCAAAGGUUCCGUUCUUGCUACAAUAAACAGAACCAAACUUCAGAGGGUGGUACAUUAAUUGAUCGUAAAAUUGCAAGUACAUCUGGGAGCAAGGCAAAAAGAAAAUUGUCAUAUGAAGAACCUUUAUUGGAGAAUGGAAGAGGGGGGGCUUCAGCGCAAUCUGCUGAACCGUCAACUUCCAAUGAUUUGAGAUCAGAGAUAAUUGACAACAAUCUUAGAGGAAACUCGGAAGAUGAAACUUCUAAGGGGGAGAAUCAGAAAGAUGGAGGUGUUAAUAAGGUUGUCAUACAAAAGAAUACGAGUAAAGCUGCCCAGUCAUCUGUUGACUUUGGUUGUGCACGUAGUGCAACACCGGGAAAGAACAGACAAAAUGGAGUUUCAGCUGUCACCUCUCCACAGUCUCUGAGUUAUAAAAGAUCCAGAUCAGGGAGAUUGCUUCUGCCUCCUCUCAAAUUUUGGCAGAACCAAAGAGCAAUAUAUGAUUCGGACCGUAGAGUCACUGGAAUUGUGAAAGACCCAGAUGCGACCAUCUAGAGCGAGCAAGGAAGGUAGGAAGAAUGAAAUCAUGAAUUAUGAAUGAAGCCUUCCUAUGUUUUAGGGUUUGAGAUUGAAAGAAAGGUUAAUUGACCAUGGUCCAUGGAUGUAUAGUAUAGUAGACUAGUAGUAGGUUAGAUUGUUUAGACUCAGUUACAUUAAAGAAGGUUUUAG